AUCAAAAAAAGACAUCACAGGUUGCACCUUACGAAAGACUUGUGUGAAGCAAAGGCAUUUUACUUCUUGAAGGGAUGGCUGAUUUUGAUGAUCCAAAGGAAGGGAAGAAUGUGCACUGGUCACCAGCUAUGGACCGUUGUUUGAUUGAAACAUUACUUCAACAAGUUCAAGAGGGGAAUAGAUGCCCCAAUGGAUUUAAACCCGCUGCAUACACUGCGGCUGUGAAUGCAUUGAACCAACAAUUCUCUUCCCGUCUUAUGCGCCAACAUAUCAUCAAUCGCCUCAAAACUCUGAAGACCACGCACAGAAAAGUAAUAGAGUUAAUUGGUCGAAGUGGAAUUGGAUGGAAUGAUCAAGCCAAGAUGUUGGAUGUCAGUGAAGAGCAGUGGAAAGACUUUAUAUUGAGAAAUCCAGACAUGGACAAGAGGCUUAACAAGAAGAGAUUUGAGUUGUUUGACGAGAUGUGUGAGGUAUUUGGAUCAGAUCAUGCAACUGGAGAAUGGGCGAGAUCAAGGAGACGCUCAAGGGGUACUUCUGAGGAGAGAGUACUUGUGGAUGAUCUCAAUUCACCUCCAAACACUGACUUGUUUGGGGAGGGGGAUUAUAUGAUGGAAGACGUUCCAAGUAAUGGGAGAGGAUCACAACCUACAUUGAAUCACACAGGAAAUUCUCAAUCAAACAAUGGAGGAGCGAGUUCAACUUCAACAUCAUCUGAUCGACCUACAAAUGAGAAGAAAAGGAAGAGGGUUGGAAGCGUAUUUGUUCAAGAAAUUAGAAAUAUGGGACAAGAUGUUAGAGAGAUGGCUCAAGCGUUGAAGUGUGCUGCACUUGCAUUCCAGCAAACCGCUGCUAAUACAGUUGUGGAUCCAUCAGUUGUAUUAGCUUCUAUUCAACAGGUGGAGGGCUUAUCUAAAGAAGAAAUAACUAUGGCAUUUGAUUAUCUCUCUGAAAACGAGAAGAAAGCUAAGGCAUUUCUUGCUCUACCUCCUAGGAUGAGAUUGUGAUAUCUAAUGCGUCAUCUAGGACAUAUGUAAAUAGAUGGACAAAUCUUUUGGGUGGGAAAUAUAACUUUUGAUAUAUGGACAGGGUUGUGGUGGAAAAUUUACUUUUUGAUGUCAAGUUGUGUUAGGACACGAUUGACUACAAGUAGUUUGUAAGUAUCUUUACUGUUUCUUCCCUUUGUUUCUCUACUUCAUCAUGUUUUGUUUGUUUUGUAAGGGGAAGAGAUUGCGUAUUUUGUAAGUAUCAUGUCCAGUUCAUGCAUCAUUUUGUAAAUAGAUUUUGGAAGACUUAUUUCUACUUGAAUGGUAUAAUCUUCAUUUCCCCUGUUUUUCUUAUUAGGGAUGUGUAA